AGCGUUUUUCGCUCGCUCCACAGCAGGUGAUUUUUGAACUGUUUUGGAUAAUCUGGAAACUUUCUGAGACGGUAGUUAACUUUCGGUAUUCGGAACAGCGUACCUAUCACGUUUCUCGGCCACGAUAUAAAUCAAUCAACCCUGUGCAGUCUCUGUGGACGUCGCCGUUCGAGAAUUGACGUCGAUAGCGAUCGUGCGUUCGAAUUGCGAAGGCAACAUGGAGGUGCCUGUGUUUACGGAGGAAGUCGCGCAACAGCUGAAAUCAUUCGCCCGACUAUGCAUGGACAAUCCGUCUCUUCUCCACGAUCCGGCGCUUUACUUCGUCAAGGAGUUGAUCGAAUACUUCGGCGGCAAGAUACCUGACAAAUGUAGCACAAGUUCGCCGCAGUCGAAAAGCGAAGAGAGUCCGAAGGAAGAAGAGCCGAAACCUGAAUCGGAACCGGUACCGGAACCGGAACCGGAACCGGAGAGCGAAGAGAGCGACUUGGAGUUGGACAUGACCGGUGUAAUCGAACCGGAUCAGGAUCCCCCUCAAAAAAUGGGAAAUCCGACCUUGCAACCCACGGAGGAGGAGAUCGAAGAGUCGCAGGCAAAGAGAUCCGAGGCGGUCUCGGCGUUCAUGGAGAAGAAUUACGAGAAAGCCAUACAACUUUACACCGAAGCCAUAGUUUUGAAUCCACAAUCUCCGAUCUUGUACGCCAAACGCGGUCAGGUCUACCUCCUGUUGAAUAAACCGAACGCUUGCAUUCGCGACUGCGACCGUGCUGUAGAACUGAAUCCGGACAGUGCGGCGGCUCACAAAUUCAGAGGACGAGCUUACCAUCUGCUCGGAAAGUUCGAGGAAGCUGCGAACGAUCUGAGACUAGCCUGCAAGUUCGAUUUCGACGAGCAAGCGGACGAGUGGCUGCGCGAGACUACACCCAACGCCCGAAAGAUAGAGGAACACAAGAGGAAGAAGGAGCGAAAGGUGCAGGAGAAAUUGGAACGCGAGAGGCACGAGAGAUUGCAAAAAGCGCAAGAGGCCGCCAAAGCUCGCGCGGAAAACACGCGGACUUCGCAGACGGACGGGGACUCGCAGUUCGGCAGAGAGGGAGAGUUCUACCGAUUCCUCAAAGAUCCCGAUGUGAUUGAGGCGUUCCGGGAUCCGUCAGUGGCGGAGGCCUUCAAGGAUAUCUCGACGAAUCCGACGAACAUACUCAAGUACCAGAACAAUCCCAAGGUAAUGGCUCUCAUUAAUAAGAUGGCCACGAGAUUCGGCGGCGCCGGCGGCAUGCCGGGUGGAAUGAAUUUCCCCGGCGGUAUGCCCGGUUUCCCCGGCGCCGGCACGGGACGUCCCAACCCCCCGGCGGGUCCCCAAGACGAUUGCGGUCUCGACUAAACGCCACCGGACUCCCGCGACAAAUCCAGCUGGGAACGCGUCGCAUUUUGAUUUAGUUGACUCAUUAAAGGCUGAUUUAUGAUAUACGUAUAAUUUUAGUUUCUCACGUCGAUAAGUUGCACUAAAUAAAAGGAAGAAAGGGAAUUUAACGAUGCGUAAUAGAUUAAUCUCAGGAUGUGUCAACCUAGGAACGUGUCGAAUAUUCAACACGUUCAACGUCCAGAAAUCGGAUAAUUGGUUUCUACGAGAAUUAAAUCAUCAGUCGUAAAACAGCUCUCUUUACUAACAAAUUAAUCGAGAAACAAGGAUCUUGAGAGCCGAACACUGAAUAUACGUGCGAAACGUAUAUAUUUCCAAACGCGUGGACUAACACAUGACAAUUUGAACUGAAAUUCAAUUCGAAAAUUUUCAUGUUUAAAAAAAUACGUUUCCCAUAUAUCUUUAGUGUUUGGUUCUUAAAAAAAGUCGUUGUUUCUUAGUUCGAUACCUCAUCAUAUAUUAGUUUUGUACGAUAUAUAAAAAUUGUUGCUGUUUUAUAAUCCUGCAAAUUAUUCGCAAAAGUUGUUUUGCUUGGAUGGCUAAAACCACAGCAACAGAAAGGCAACGGGAGAACUUGCUCAGAUAUACGUGUUGAGUUGCGUACCUUCGUAAUUUUCAGUCCGACUUGAAGCUUCUCACAUUGUAUUUUUUUAAUCUUUACAUACAGGUGUGCGCUCAACUCUGUUUUUCAAUCGAAGAAUAUAUAUACAUGCGUAAGAUUACAAAUACGGAAUUAAGAAAAGAAUUAUUACAGUCGAAUUACAUUGUCUGCUAAUUUACAUUUUAAAAAUAUUUUGCACUCUGGCUCUCUUAACGAUCCUCAGUGCUCUUUUCUUAUUCAAAUAAGAUAAUGUUAUUCGUCUCGAAGGUGUAACGGACGCCUUUAAUGAGUUAAAAAAAAGCGUUAUUCUAAGUUUAUAUCUCUCUCGCUUUAUAUAUGUAUAUGGAAUAUAUAUUAUGUAAGGUCAAGAUACAUAGCAUGUAACAGUCUGUAUCCUCGAAAGAACGUUCUAUUGUGAAUCAAUAUAGUUUGUUAUACAUACACACACAGAGCGCUAUUCGUUUUUUUUUUCUUUUUUUUUUUUUUUUUUUUUUUUUUUUUUUUUUUUUUUUUUUUUUUUUUUUUUUAAUGACAAUAUUUGUCACUCGUUUGCUGUAAUUUUACCGCCUAAUGUCCUUUUUUGUUCUCGUCAGUGGCUUAUUACCAGGUGUGUUCGAAGUAACAAGAUCGACGUUUUACACGUAAGUAUUGUUUAUUUACUUGGCUACAUUUAAUUUCAGUUUGUUAAUUAUUUUGUUUAUGUAAACAUUUACACACAUUACUGUUAGAGAAGAAAUAACAAAUCGAAGAUUAAUCUCGCGAAAAUAAUUUUGGAAAUUUACUUACCGAAGAGCAAUUGUCGUUUGAUUUAAAAAAAAAAAAACGAUGAUUGUCAAACGAUUCUUCGGGCGACUGUCGAACGUGGCUUCGUCCGAGAGAGAGAUGCAAUAGGAUAAAAUAAAAGACCACGAAGAACGUUGCGCGCGAAAUAGACACGAACUUUGUCUCUCUCACGUUGAAGCACUCGUAAAAUAUGCAUGUAAUAUGCAACUUGGUGUUCCGAAGGGAGUUCAGCAGCGGAACUCUCUCUCCAUUUGUCAGAAUUAAAUCUCGAGUAAGAGCUCCAUAAAUCAAGUCUUUAUUACGCGACGCAUACGCGAUAAUUGAUCAAAAGAAUGCCGGCGGUGUUGUUAUUAUUGCCUCUUUGUAAUUGCGCUGUCGCAAUUAACGUUCGCGAAACAAUCAUUAGUGAGCGAGAACGCAAUUUCGAGAACGCAGAGGGAUUUAAGAUUCUCUCUCGAAUUUAUAAUACACGAACGAUCGAUUUUGUGCACAUGUGUGUGUGUAUGUGUGUAUGUGCGCGCGCGCGUGUGGUUGAUGAAAAUAAAAUAUAAGUAAAAUCGAAUGAAAAUAAGAGUAAUAUCGUGCUUCGUAAGAUCGACGAUUGAAAUUUUCUUUUAAUAGGAUUUAUAUGAACAUUUAUAAACACAUUUAUACGCACGAUAAAAUGACUUCGACGCGAAUUUUCUCGCGUACGUGAAAUUGAAAUUAAAUAAAAGUUGAAAUUAAGUUAAAAGAUGUGUAAACGAUGAGGUAGAGCGAAAAUAUAGGGAACACACAUUUUAGAAGGUUUACAUCCAAUAUAUUUAUCCAGAUAUAAGCAGAGUUAUAUAACGUCGGAUUAUUAUAUUCCAAUAAACGGAGUUCCACCGAGGAUUCUGUGUGUUAUCCUGUCAGAUCCAUAUAUAAAAUGUUUGCAAUAAAUAUGUACAAAAAUAUAUUACGCUCGCGAGUAAUAAUUACAAAUUCUCUCUCUCUCUCUCUUUCACUCUUUUUCACACUUUCUUUCUUUCUCUCUCUCUCUCUUUCAUUUUGUGUUAAGUAUUAAGAAUAGAAAGCAUUGCAUUGUUCUUGCGAACGCAAUGCAAUCCCGAUGGCUCUCGCGAUUAGAGACGACGGGGGAGGGGAAAAUUGUUAUCGUCGUCCGUUCGUUUAAACGCGAUUGUUAAUUUGUACACUAUUACAUAUGGAUAGCGUGAACUUAGAAUCUAGAAAUAUUGCACGUGAAAAACCGAAAAAAAAAAAAAA